CGAACUAUUAGGAAGUCUUCAACGUUAGCUAGCUAGUGUCUACAUCUUUAAAUCCCGGCUCCACCGUGUCCGUCUACCGGGGUGAAGUUAGUUUAAUGUUUGACAUUUCUUCGGUUUUAAUACGUCCGUGUUCAAGUUUCGAUUUCGCCCAGUUUUAGGGUAUGUUGGAGAGAUUUAGGUUUCACAGUGUUGAUCGGCUCAAAAACACCAAAAAAGGACGUGGAGAACGGAAACUAUCUGUCAAACGUGUGCCAGUUAGGGACCGUCGUAAAAGUGCAACCUCAGCCAUUUCAAUCUUCAAUAACUUUUUUUGAAAUACACAGAGCAUGGAUCUCCUUGGAAAAGUGGAAAUCUACAUCCCAGUGGACGCUGAGGUGAAAAUAUUCCCUAUGUGGAGUUUACCUAAAUCGGUGCUUAAACGAAUUGGCCUCCCCCUGUCUGACUCUGAGGGCUCCGGGACGCUCGCAAACUCUCCAGAAGGCAUAUGUAUUUGUCCAGCAAUCAUACGGAGGAAAGGCCAGAAACUUGUCUCCCACACAGGAAACGGUGGGACAGAAAACACAUCGCUGCUGCACACAGAGUUUCGGUCCGGACAGAUGUCCUUUGUCUGCCCCAACCGCACAGCUUACAAGGUGCUAAAGGACACCGUGCCUGGGAAAAAGGUCUCUGCGCACACAUCUCACACCUCCCAGUUACCUCAGGGCUCUGCGCCGGAUAAGUACAAAGAUGCCGUCGUCAUCUACCAUGGACAUGUUUACCUGUCCACCAGGAGGUCCAAUCACAGCCGGAGUCAACGAGGGACACGUCAACCAAAGCCAUCUUCCCACUCCGCCAUUCCUAAAAGUUUAAAGAAGCGGCGGUCUCCCCAGGCUCGCCAUGAUCCUGCAGACAAAGAACUACGAAGGAAGAAAUUGCGUGUCACUUUGCCCCAAACCUCCAUAAAACCGCUACAGGAUCUUCUCACCAAAACAGAUAAUAACUCCACCACGGACCAGGAGCUGCUACAUGACAACAUGCCCGAAAAAAACCCCACCGCUUGCAAAGUAACACACGGUGAACACGAGAAGGAUGUUUUUACGCACAAGACCGUUGACGUGUCGUCAUCCACAGCUGCACGUUCGGAUGCCGAUGGAGAGCAGGCAGCGGCGGAGGAAGCAGCCGAGCCGGUGUGGUUUCAGCCUCAGGAGGAGGAGGAGGAGGAGGAGCAGCAGCAGCAGCAGGAGGAGGUGGAGGAGGUGGAGGAGGAGGAGUCCAACGACGACGGGGCUGAACGUGAGCUACGGGACCAGAAUGACGAAGAAGCUAAAGCUGACUAUCUACAAAUUGACAACGUUGGUGAUAUUGUGGAGCAGAGUAGCAGCCAGAGCUGGAUCGGGAGAGAGUCUCGGGGUGCGGCUCGCGCCUCCACAUCGCUGCAGGAGGAGUACGACUUUAAGGAGCUGGCGGAGGAGGAGAAGAUCGCUAGAAUGAAGGCCAAACUCAGACAGAGCGAAGCUGCCCUCCUUAUAAUGACAGCUCAGUCCGAGUGAGCAACAGUUCCCUAAACAUUCAACUCACGUUAAGAUUUUUACCCUUGAACUAUGGCUGCUCAGUCCAGAGUGAGAAAAGAACCCCAGCAAUGAUGCUUUAGAUCCCUAAACAUUAAACUUACGAUAACUAACAUCAAAGCUAACUCACGGUAAAGGACAAAUCCGGCGCAAAAUGAACCUAGGGGUUAAUAAUAGAGAUGGCCUGAUACCAUUUUUUGCUUCCUGAUACCGAUUCCAAUACCUGAACUUGCGUAUCGGCCGAUACCGAGU